AUUCAUACAACCAUGCUGAUCCUCUGGCCAAAACAACCCCGCGAUCCCGUGUCCAACCGCGUCGUGCUCAGCGAACACGCGACAUGUCAUCGUCGAACUGACAGCGGCCGAGGGGUUUCUCCGACGCCGUAGCGCGUUCGCAACACUGUUUUCUUUCCUGGGCCUGUCCUGGGCUAUUCACUGCGCUCGUCACACGGCCCCCCUUCAAUACGCUCGCCGUGCUCCCCUCCCCCUUCUCCUCGCCCGCCCCCAUCGCCGCUGCGUGCGCCCCACAGUCUGCAAAUUUGGCCAUUCAAACCCCCAGAGCUACGUCACACUCGAAAUAUCCGACGUGUUCCCCAAACUCUUAGCCUCGCCGCCAACAACGCAACAACUCCGCUGUUGAGCCAGACUCGCGACCACCAGCACCUUGCCUGCCCGCCCACUCUGUAUCUCCUACUGUGACUUUGACUAGUCAUGGCGGCUCCCACACAGUUGGCUUAUCGCACCUCCAAGGGCAUCGGCGUCUUCAAUGCGGCUCCAGAGUACGAGCCUCUUCCCGGCUUCACACGACCUGAGGGCAACCUUCGCUGCUGCUGUUACUCGCCUGACAGCAAGUACUUUGCAUGGGCCUCGCCCGAACAAGUCUCGGUAAUCGACGCCUCGGCCGGUCACGUCAUCACUACGCUCCCCACGCCAAACGUCUUCGAGCUGGGCUUCUCUCCCCUGGGGACAUUCAUCAUAACCUGGCAGCGUCCUACCAAAGACGAAAACGGCGAUGCCACGAAGAACCUAAAGGUCUGGAGGACCGUCUCGGACGAGGCCGAGGGAGAGCACUCCGUCGUUGGCGAAUAUGUGCAGAAGAACCAGACGGGGUGGAACCUGCAGUACACCUCGGACGAGAAGUUCUGCGCGCGCGUUGUGACAAACGAGGUGCAGUUCUACCAGUCCGGGGACCUGCGCGCCCCAUGGAACAAGCUCCGCGUUGAAGGAGUGACCGACUUCGCACUAUCGCCUGGCAAAAACCAUUCAGUUGCUGUUUUUGUCCCAGAGCGCAAGGGCAUGCCAGCCUCGGUCAAGGUCUUCCAGGUUCCCCAGUUCAACGCUCCCGUCGGCCAGAAGACCUUCUUCAAGAGCGACAAGGUCCAGCUGAAGUGGAACAACUUGGGCACCAGUCUGAUCGUACUUGCGCAGACCGAGGUCGACAAGACGAACAAGAGCUACUACGGCGAAACGAACAUGUACAUCCUCAGCGCGAACGGGACUUUUGACUCGCGCAUCCAGCUUGACAAGGAGGGGCCCAUCCACGACGUCUCCUGGUCCCCAAACUCGAAUGAAUUUGGUGUCGUGUACGGAUACAUGCCAGCGAAGACGACCAUCUUCAACCACCGUGCCGUUCCUCAGCACAGCUUCGACUUGGGCCCGCGAAACACCAUCAACUUCUCCCUACACGGGCGUUUUGUUAUCGUGGCUGGUUUUGGAAAUCUGGCUGGUGAUAUGGACAUCUACGAUCUUGAGAAGAACUACGCCAAAGUGUGCACCGUCAAAGCUUCCAACUGCACCUACUGCGACUGGAGUCCUGAUGGCAAGCAUAUCCUUACAGCUAUCACUAGCCCGCGUCUCCGUGUUGAUAACGGAAUUCGCAUCUACCAUAUUAGUGGAGGUUUGAUGUACUACGAACCGAUGACGGAGUUAUACCACGUCACCUGGCGACCGGAGUCUGCUGCAGCGCAUCCUCUGGAUAAUGCGCUGACUGCGCCCGCGCCGCAUCCCUCCGCUGCGACGUUCCUCAGCACGCAAAAGACGCCUUCCAAGCCUGCCGGUGCGUAUCGUCCCCCUGGAGCACGAGGCACAACCACUCCACUUCUGUUCAAGCGCGAGGAUGAGGGUGGUGCAGCAUACUUCAACACCGGAGUGUCUUCCACCAAUGUAGGAUUUCAGAAUGGGUUUGGAAAGCCUCGUCGCCGCGAAGUGCCUGGUGCGGAGACUGUCGAAACUCUUCCACCAGGUGCCGCUCCCGGCGGUGGUGUCAGCUUGUCUGGCACUGGUGAAGGUGAUGGAGAACUAUCAAAGGCAGCUUUGAAGAACAAGAAGAAGCGAGAAGCUAAGAAAGCUCGCGAGAUUGCCGAAAAGACUGCCAAUCUCGGUGCUGACGGCAUCAACACCCCGACCGGACCGGCUAGAAGCCCCGAGCGUCGUCAGCGCAGCCAUAGCAAGAAUGGAGGCUAUGGAAACCAGACAGGAAGGAGUCCCAGUCAUCAGCGCGACUAUGGCAACAGCCCGAACCGCCAGGCUGGACGCGAGGGUCGUCCCCGCCAGAAUUUUGGCCAACAACAGAACCAACGCGCCGGCCCUACCCAGGCGCCUCCCCCGAUCCAGACCGAGAACCGUGGCCCAGCUCCAGAUCUUACCGUCACCAGUCCUGGCGACGGAGGAAAUCCUCAGGAUAAGAAGAUCCGCGGCUUGCUUAAGAAGGUCCGCGCAAUUGACGAGCUGAAGAUGAGGCAAGCUGGCGGCGAGAAGCUAGAGGAUACCCAGGUCAAGAAGAUCGCCACCGAGGAGUCGAUCCGCAAGGAGCUGAGUGGCCUGGGCUUCGUGGGCUAGAAGUCUUUGGAUAUCGUUGCAGGCUUGCGUGAGAAUUUCUCAUGUGAGUCUUGAUGAUUGGCCUGCUGCUCUCCCCACAUUUCUGUCGUCUGCUAUCUUUGGACGUUUGUUUUGUGAAUCGGUUGUACGAUCAUGCCUCGUCACAGCUGUCGCAGAGCUAGCGCCUGGCUGUGGACGCUGGGACGAAGGGGUGCAGAGUUGGAUGUCUUGGAGCGUAGACGAUGUUAGCAAAAUAGAAAACCAUUAUUCGACGAAC